UAAUAAUUUUUUUUUUUUUCUCAUCAUUGUAAUUCGUGAUAAUCAUUAUUAAUUAUAAUUGUGUUUGGAUUUGAAUCCGUUUGUGAAAUCAUAACCCAUUUGGACGGACCAAGAAAAAGGGUUCGUUCGUUGGGUCAGAGUGUUAUACUAAAUGUUUACCUGCAGACAGUAUGUCGACUCAGUCAGGGAUAACGUCGAAGGGGGAGAAAGGAAAAUCAAAAUUUCAAUCAUUAGACAUAAAUAGUUUGUAUCGUGUUAGUAGAGGUGAAACAUUGGAACAACAUCAACAAAAAAGUACAUUACCACGUAAACAUGGCAUGCAAAGUUUGGGAAAGGUGCCAUCGGCACGUCGGCCACCAGCAAAUUUACCAAGUUUAAAAAGUGAAUUUAAUAAUACUGAUCCAGCUGUUUGUCUAGUACCAACCGGUGGUAGUGGCUGGGCAACAACAAAAGAAACAACAACAACAACAUCAACAACAACUACAACAACAACAGAUCCAGUUGUUCAAUCAGAUAAUAUUCAACAAAAAUCCCAUCAACAACAAUGUCUAACAACGCCAAUUACAACACAAGAACCAACACUACCAACUCAACAACAAAAUUCAUCUGCAGAUUGUGGAAACAAAUCAUCAUGGAGUGCAAUUAUGACACGACCAGGAGAAGGUGUGUCAACUGCUAUUGGUUAUGCAGGACACGUAGGGAGAGGACUGAGUUUUCUUGCUCAUCAAUCACCUCAAUUUCAACACGAGUUUCCAAUAUUAAGUGGUGGACAACAAACCAACCAAGAAUUAUCAACACCGCAAUUGUUGAUAACGACAACAACAACAACAACAACAAUGACAACGUCAACGACAACACAAAAUUCGUAUUCCCCCAAUUCAGGUGUUUCGGCUGCUCAACAGCAACAACAACAACAACAAAACCUACAACAACAACAGCAAAAUCGAGAGAUGAAUGCACAAUACGGUCCUGGUCCGAGCCUACGUCCACAAACAGAAGGAAGUUGGAUACAAGGUGGCAGUCGUACAGCAGGUGGUUCAGGAAAUGGGAAUACUCAGGUGGCCCAGGCCCUCCCAACACAAUCAUCCUCGACAACCCCAUCAACAACACAAUUAGAAACAGAACGAGUAAAUUCGGUCCAAUCGUCUGGCAUUAUUUCAGCCCAACCAAACCAAAAUCAACAACAACAACAAAAUUCAAAUCAACAAAAUCAACAAAAUCUUCAUCAUUAUCGUGGUUUGAUACCACCAUUUAUGUACAGAGGGAAUUUUCCACCAGGUGGUUUUCCCUCGCAAUUUCCAUCUAACAUGAGUAACAGUGGACCACGUCCACCUCGUUUUAAUAAUAAUAGUAAUAAUAAUAUUAGUAAUAAUAAUAAUAAUAAUGACCGUCAACAAGGUGGACAACAACGUCCAUUACCUCUUGAAGAGGAAAUAAUAUCACGUCCAAUAAUAAAAGAAGAAGAAUUAUCAAGAAUGGACGAAAUAUCACAUGAUGCUGGAUGGGCAACACAUGAUGAUAUUGAUUAUAAUCAAAAGUUGGCAUUCAGUGAUGAUGAUGGUGAGGGAGAUACACUAAUGAUUAUACAUAAAAAAGAAGGUAAUAAUAUUAAUAAAAAAAAUACAUUAUCAUCAUCCUCAUCAUCAUCACCACCACCACCUCAACAACAACAAACCACAAAAGAUGAUGUUAAACAAUUAGAAAUAACAAGAAUAUCAACAAUUGAAGAUAAUAAUAAAGAAAUACGGCCUAAAGAUAAUAGUGGUCAUAGAUCUUGGUAUCAAGAACGUACUGUUGGACAACGUGAUUAUCGUUCAAAUGGUCCAUCAUCAAGUAACCAUAAUUAUAAUAAUAAUAUUAAUAAUAAUAAUAAUAGUAGUAGUAGUAUUAAUAAUAGUAGUAAUCAAUCACGUCAAUCACUUAUUUCUACUACUAUAUCUACUAAUACUGCCACUGGUACUACAAAUACUUCUUCUAUAGCUGCUAGUACAACAGCUACAGCUACAACAACAACAUCAACAACAAGAGGUGUUGAAGAAGAAGAAGUAUGGACACAACGACGUCGUGAACAAGGUGAAAAAGUUGCAUCGGCUGUUGAACGUGCACGUCAACGUAAAGAAGAAGAAGAAAAACGUUAUCAAGAAUCAACAAAACAAGCUGCUGAACGUAAAUUACGUGAUUUUGAACAAAAAUUAAAAGAUAAUAAAAUUAUUAAUAAUAAUAAUAAUAAUAAAUUAAAAGAUGAUGAUACAAAUAAUGUUGCUGUUGAAAUUAGUAAAAAUAAUAAUAUUAUAAAUAUUCAGCCGGUAUCAUCAUCAAUACCAUUACCAGAAUGGGAACGUGAUACUUCUGAUAGAUCACGUACACCAUCAGAAAGUAAAGAUGAUAAUAAUAAAAAUGAAAAUUAUUCACGUGGUAAUUAUAGACAAGAUAAUGUAACACGUGCUGAAAGAGAACGUGAUCGUGAUCAACGUGAAACACGUGAUCGUGAAAGAGAUCAACGUGAACAACCAGCAUUUUCACGUCAUUUUCAAAGUAAUUUACCACCAAGAUUUCAAAAACAACAAGCUGAACGUGGUGUAUCAAGUCAUUUUAAUAAUCGCAUGUCACCAAAUUCAGAUAGAUCAAUAUCAGCUGGAUCAUCAUCAACACAAUAUUCACAACAAUAUGAAACAUCAAAUAGUAGAUGGUCAUCUUCAAAACAAUCGCAUUCCUUGCCAGUUGGUCAACGUGGUCCACGUAUACGAGCUGAUUCUGAAUUAUCAAAUUCUCAUGAUGAUGAUAAUAAUAUUUCACGUUCACGUGAUCAUCCUCCAUUACGUCGUGAUGAUAGAUAUCGUCAUCAUGGUUCAUUUGAUUCACGUAAAUCAUAUCAUGAUGAUGGAUAUAAUAGAAAUUACAAAGAUGAUUAUGAUACAGAUGUAAGACAUUCACGUGAUGUUUGGGAAAGAGAAAGAAAUUUUUAUGAUGAACGUAAUAGAGAAAAUUAUCGUGAUAAUCGUGAUGGACGUGAUACACGUGACAACCGUGAUAAUCGUGAUAAUCGUGAUACACGUGACACACGUGAUAAAGAUUAUGAUUCAUAUAAUAAAUCAUAUCGUGAUGAACGUUCAGUAGAUAAUGAUUGGACUCGUGAACAACAAUUAGAACGUCCACAACGAACAGAUUCACGUGAUUCACGUAUAUCAAAAACACGAGAUGAUGAUAAUAAUAAAUCAACAUCUUGGUCACAUGAACCAUUGUCUGAUUAUGAUGAUAAACGUGAAUUUAAUCGUGACAGACGUCAACCACCUGGUCCAAUAACACGUGAAAAAUUACAAGCUGCUGAGGAUGCACAAAAAGAUAAACGUACAUCAUUAAUACAAUUAAAACGUGGUGGUACAACAAUUAUUGAACACGAUGAUAAUAAUGAUUCAUCAAAAGAAACAUCAAUACCAACAGCAACAUCAACAUCAUCAUCAUCAACAACAACAACAACAACAACAAAUAUUGUUAUUAAUAAAGAUGAUGUUUGGACACGUAAAACAAGUGAUGUUGAAUUAAAAUCAACAGCUUGGGCUGAUGAUUCAUCACCAACAUUUGAAAAAGAUGAUCAAGAUGCUGCUGAUGGUGAUAUUGAUGAUAAUAAUGAUCAUCAAGAUGAUAAUAAUAUUGAUGAAGAUAAUGAAAAAAUUGAUAAAACAAUUAAAUAUGAUAUUGCUGAACUGAAAAAAAGUAUUGAAAAAUUAAAUAUUGAUGAUUCACAAAUUGGUAAUGAUAAUAAUCAUGAAAUUAUUGAUGAUAUUAAAGAUGAAAAUUUUAAAGAUGAUAAACGUGAUAAAAAUACAAGAAAUCGUACAAAUAGUGGUGGUUCAUCACGUGGUGCUUCAACAUUAUCAUCUCGUGGUGUUAGUAAUAGAAAUUGGAAUAGUGCUACAAACAGUUACAAUAUGUAUGCAUCAACACGUGGUGCUGGCUGGCGUGGACCAGAAUCACGUGGGGGUAGACGUGGUGGUAGUGGUAGUGGUAGCGGUGGUAGUGGUGGCUCACGAAUGAUGAUGGGUCGUCCAGGUUCAGCUAAAAGUAAUGCAAGUGGAUCAUAUCCAAUUCAUACUGAUUCAGAAAUGAGUGGUGAUGAAAUGUCUGCUUCAACUGAAUUUGGUAAAGAAGAUAUUAGUAAAAAAAAUAUUGAUUCAACAACAAAAAUUAUUAUUAUUGAUAAAGACGAAAGAAAUCGUGAAAAUAUAUCAAGAAAAAAUGAUGAUAAACGUAAUAAUGAUACGUCAUAUACAAGAAAUGAUAAAAUACGUACAACAAAUAAUUAUGAUAAUCGUAGAGAAGGUUUUGCACCAUCUGGUGAACCAUCACGUCGUGGACGUGGGGGGUUUCGUGUACGUGGAGCAACAGUAACUGGCAGCAGAAUGGAAGGAUAUGGACCACCACCAAGUAAAAGUCCAUUUUCAACAGAACAUACAUCAUCACGUUCAACAACAGAUGAUAAACAAAAUACUGAUUUAAAUGAAACAACAAUAACAACAAAUUUAACAAGUGAAACAACUGAUGAUAAAAUUAUAGCUAAACAACAAGCAUUAAAUGCUGGUUUAACUAGUAAACGUGGUAAAUCACCAAUAAAUAAACAAACAAAUGAUAUGAAAAAUCAAAUUAAAAAAGAUGUAACUAAAAGAAAUGUACGUGAUAAUCGUCGUGUUACAAAUACAUCUAAACAAACAGAAGGCAAUGAAGAAUGGGAAACAACAUCAGAAAAUAGUGAAGAACAUGUUGAUACUCAUGAUAAAUCUUCAUUACAUAAUAAUAAAGGAUAUAAUAAUAAUAAUAAUAAUCAACGUGGCCCAUGCAAUAAUAAUUCACGUAGAAAUACAGAUAGUACAAGAAAUGACAAGUCAAAGCCAUUAGUUAAUAAUCCACAAAGAGUAGGACAAACAACAACAUCGACAACAACAACAACAACAACAUCAACAACAGAUAAUAAUAAAAAAAAUCCAGUAUUUAAUCAACAACGACCAAUGCAAAGUCAAAGUCAAAAUGGAAGACUGAGAAAUUCUUCUGCAUUGUCAUCGUCAUCAUCAUCAAGAUUUGAUAAUAAAACAAGUAAUGUUAAUAUGAAAGAAAUAACAGUUUCUCAAGUUGAUGAGAUUAAAUUAAAUGAUCCAAAUAUUGUUGAUCAAUCAAUAAAAGAUAUUAAAAAUAAAUCAUUAGGAAAAACAACAAAAUCUGAUGUUGAUUAUAGAGAUCAAGCAAAUAAUUGUCAAUCAACUGAUUCAUCAGAUGAUAAAACUGUUGAUACUGAUGGUUUUCAAGAAGUGAGAUCAAAAAAAAAUAUUAAAGAAUCACGUGGACAAAAAGAUACAACUGUUGAAACAACAAAAUCUUUGACCCAUCAACGUAAAGAUGGUAAAAAUGAUAAAGAUCGAGAACGUGAUCGUUCAAAGUCUAAAUCAAAUGGUCCACAAGCAACACCAACAGCAGUAUCAACAGCAUCAGUUGCAACCACAGUAGCAGCUUCAGCAACAGCAGCAGCAACAACAACAACGACAUCAUCAACCACAGCAGCAGUCUCAUUGACAACAUCGUCAUCAUCGACGUCAUCAUCAUCAUCGUCAUCCUCAGUAACACAGACUCAACAAAAUAUACCUCCUUUACUUGGUCAAACAAUAUCUCAACCACCUAAUAUGAAUCAAAAACAAUUUGAUCGUAAUGCUACACGUCAAAAAUUACCACCAAGAUUCCAAAAACAAAGAUUGGCAAAGCAACAACCAUCAGACAGUAAUACUGUUGAAUCUUCAAAUAAUAAAAUUAGUAAUACAAGUAAUUUUGUUAAAGAAUCAAGUGGAAGUGGUCCAGCACCACCACCAGCAAUUAAUGCGUGGGACAAACCAUUUACAAGUCAAAUACGUGAAAAUUCACCAGGUUUAACUGGCGAUGUGCAACUUAUUCCUGGUAUCACUGGACAAGAACAUGAACAAUUAAAUUCAGCUGUUGGUAAUCAAAGAAAUUCACCAAAUGCUGCUGAUAAAACAAGAACAACAAUAAAUAAAGAAACAGAUAAAAAUACAAGUGAUAAUGCAUCAUCACCACCAGUUCAAACACUUAUUUUUGAAAAUACAAAUUAUUCAAAAACAACAAAAACAUCGACAAAUAUUGUUAAUCAAACAACAUCAGAUAUUGCUGUUAAAUCUAAAUUUAAUCAAAAUCAUAUGAAACAAUAUAAACGUUGUACUGAUAGCGAUGAUGAUCAAAUAAAUAGUCUUCAUUCGCAACAUUCCCAUCAUCAACAACAACAACAACAACAACAGCAGCAACAUCAACAACAACAGCAACAACAUCAGCAACAACAACAACACCAUCAACAGCAGCAGCAACAACAACAACAACAACAACAACAGCAACAUCAUCAUCAUCACCAUCAUCAUCAUAAUCAGCAACAACAAGCAAUGGCUGCUGCAUUUUCAAAUAAAACAAAUGAAUUGGUCAAUGAUAAUAAUAAAAAUCAACAACAACAAGAACCAAUACAAAUGCCAAUUUCAUCAUUUAAUAAAACAGAUGAUAGUGCUGAUAUGAAACUUGAUUUUGAUUUUAACUCUGAUUUAUCACAAUUAACUGAUGAUAAAACAAAAAGUUUAACUAUGCCACGUUCAAUUCAUAUGAGUGGUAGUGGUCACAGUACAAUAUCACCAUCAACUGCUGAUUUAAAUUUAAAAAUAGCAUCUGUUAAAAAAGUAUGGGAAUCAGCAACAAUGCCAACAGUUGUUGAACAUGAAGAUGGUAAUGUUGUAAGUAGUGGUGGUAAUAAUAAUACAUUUACUCAAAGUUUUGAAAAUCAAGAUGUCGAUGAUAAUUAUAAUCCACAUCAACAAUAUAAUCAAAGUGGUAUGAAAAAUGACAUAACAACAUCAACAAAUGCAUGUAAACUUGUUCCACCACAAAUUAAACCACAACAACAAUCAUCUGGUGUACAAGUUACUGGUUCAACAGUACAAGGACCAAGUUCAAUUGGUCCACCAGGACAAAGUCCAAUUGGUCAUCCACCAGCAAGUGGUUUACAGGGACCACUUAGUCCACCUCCAUUUAAUACUGGUCAACCAUCUCAUAUUAAUUAUCAAGAAUUUCCACAAUAUCCUGGUUCACAGGCAGCUCAAUAUGGCAGUAUGUCUGCAAUUCCAUCACCACCAGCUGUAUUAUUUAAUACUGGAUCUGGUCAAUUACCAGCUCAAGCAAGUGGUUUAUAUGGUGCAUUCCAAUUGGAUCAAAGUAGAUCUCCAUUUACUCAAUAUCCACCAUAUGGUCCAUCAUUACAAAAUUCAUUUAAUCCACAAAAUCUUUAUCUUCAACACAAUCCACCACCUCCACCACCACCACAUGCACAAAAUCAACAAACUCCUGAUAUGUAUCAAAAUAAUUUAUCACAAUAUCGUAUCAAUUUAUCACAACCAACAGCAGCACCACCACCAUUUGGACAAAAUCAACAAUUGAGUAAUAAUCCAAAUACUGUGCUAAUGAGCUCAAAUUCAAAUUCACUUAUGUCAGCAAGUGUUAAACCAGCAUCACAACAAAUUGGUGCAAUUGGUACUAAAGCACCACAUUAUCAAACUCAAUCAGCACCACAAUCAAAUCAGGUAACAUAUAUACCUUAUGAUCCAAAUCAAGUACUUGGUGGUAAUUACAUGGGUAAUUCGGCACUUGUGCAGAGACCAGGACCAAGUGUACAACCAUCGGCAAACAGCUAUUAUAGCGCCACGUCCGCCGGUAAACCUAACAUACCUCUGUAUGUUUUUCCGGGUUCACAAACUGGUUUUUACCAGCCAGGUGGUGGUGCACAACAAACUAGUACCUAUCAUGGUCUUCAAGGAUUCAAUCAACAUAAUCAAAGUUUAGCAACUGGAAGUGCAACACCAGUUGGUUUGCAAAACUUUAGUUCACAAUUUUUAUCAAAUUCAAAUAUGCAAAUAGCAGCAGCUGCUGUACAACAAUAUCGUAAUCCAAGUGCUAGUGGUGGUGGUAGUAGUAGUAGCAGUAGUAGUACGAGUAGUUUACCAGCACCAGCAAAUGCUGCAGCAACAUUUCUCAAUAAACAUCAACAACAAGAACAACCAAGACAAUUAAAAAGUCCAUCUGGUAAUCAACAAGAUGUUCUUGCUUCUGUCUUUAGUUCAGCCCCACAAAUAUCAUCACCAAAAUCACGUAAUUGCAAACAACAAUCGCAAUCACCACAUCAACAACAACAACAACAACAGCAGCAGCAACAACAACAGCAGCAACAACAACAAUCGUCAAAUCAACAUCAUAAAUAUCAACAUUAUCCCGGUGUUAGUCAGUCUGCUUUGGUAGGCAACUACAAUAAUUACGUAUUACAACAAAACGUUAGAGGUAUGGGUAUGCCACGUGGUGGUGCUAUUCAACCAUCCCAACAACGCUAUCCACCUCCAAUUCAACGACCAGUUGUACCAUUUCCACAAGGGCCAAACAAUCAACAGCAACAAAAUUGUAUGCCCAAUCAACAACAAUCACAACAGCAACAACAUCAGCAACAUCAACAACAACAACAAAAUCAAAUAAAUCGUCCCAGGCCAAAUAUGCAUCAACAAAGAAAUAUGAAAAUGCAACAACAAUAUUAUUCUGGACAAGGUCAGUGUCGCAAUGGUAAUGUGAAGAUGGAUUCAAAUGAUAAAAAUGAUAAUCACAAUGAUAAAAUUGUUGAUCAAGCAAGUGGCAACAAAAAUGUAACACAAGAAAAUGACUCGAAGGAAGAAGUUAAUCAGCAAAAUGAGUAAUAAAUAAAAUUUUGCAUGAUAUAAAUAAUCAUUCAGCUUUUUUUUUUUUUUUUUUUUCUUUUUUAAAUGUAGUAAUUGCCAAUAAUAAUAAUUAUAAUCGAUUAAUUGUAGCCAGGUUGGUUGAUGAUUUAAAAUUAUUCAGCUAAAUAAGUGCAACGUGUCUCUUGAUGAUUUCAUCGAGAUAAUAUAAUAAAGCUGGUGUAGCUUUAUAGUCCUUGUAUGAAAAAUGUUUCUUUUCUUUCUUUUUCUUUUUCUAUUCUUAUUUUUGUUUUGUAACAUUGAGUGUAAGAUAGUUUUAUUCAAUUUAUUUCCAAUUAUCCUGUCAAUUUAUUAAAAUCAUAAAAUCUCUAUUGUGAUUGAGAAGAUUUAAAAAUUGUUAGUGAUUUAAAAAAAAAAAAUAAUAAUAAAUGAAAAAAAUAAAAAAACAAAAAAAUGAAUUUUUUGCACACUUUCAUAGAAUGUGAUUGAACGAACAAAGAAAUUGUAAAAGGCGUUGAUAAAAACAAAAAAAUAAAUAAUAGUGUUAGGCUUAUCAAAAACUUGGUUUGCAAUAAUUGUCUUUUUUUUUUUUUAUCAAUAAUAGUUGUCAAACCAUGUAAGCCUCUUUACACUCCAAUUAUUAAGAUCAAUAUAUGCUUAAUAAUUAGCACACGAAAAUAUUUAAAAAAACAAAUUAAUAAAAUUAAUUAUAUAAAAAAAAAAAAAAAUAAAACGUGCACGUGUCUCCUGGUGCUCGAACAAUUAUCUCCAUAUUGUGGAACUAAAAAUUAAUUAUAAUCAACAAGAACAAUUGUACUAUAUUAGCCUGCUCUUUGAUUGCAGCAAAAAAAAAUAAUAAUUAAUAAAAAAAAAAAAAAAAACAACUUGCUUAAUAAAAAAUAAUAAUACAUAGUAUUUACAGAUUUAAAAAAAUUUAAAAAAAAAAAAAUAAAAAAUAACCAUUUCAUUGAUCAGAAAUAAUACUCUGUCAUAAUUCGAAUAGAUUUAAUGAUAAAAAUAAAUAAAAAAAAAAAAAAAACUUAUAAAAAUAAUAAAUUAAA